CACCAUCCUCGUCUAGUCUAUCUGGCUGCCGUUGCCGCUCCCUCUUGCUCAUCAAUCAUCUCCUCCACCCACCGCACCACCGCAUCCCGCAUCAGCCGCAUCACGACAUGCGACGACACCGACGUCGCCGAGUCUAUCCUCUCGCCCAUAGUCACCUUGUACACAUCCAGCCGCUCAGACAACGACUGCCCCGCGCGGAAGAUGGACGCGCCCUCGACGCCCUCUGGCGACACAAACGGCUCCAGCAGAAAGGCCUUGUUGUCGUCGAGUAUCCUCUGUAUCGCCCUGGCAUCCUUCUGCGCGUCGACCAGCUUGUCAAGCAGUACGCUGAACCGCCGCCGACGCAGAUCUAACAGCUGGCCCGUCGCGCCUGCCCUACUGUCGUCUGGUGGGAGGCCGCCGAGCCCACGGUUCUGUCCCGGGAAGAUAGAUAGGCGCGUCAGAGGUCGUCGUUGUAUUGCAGCAGGUGAAAAGGCAUCGAUGAGUGGAUGGCGCUGGAUCUUGAAGCAGUGAGAGAGGAGGACGUCACACGCCAGCAGAAAGAGUAGUAACAAGGCGGGAAGGGAGAACAUGCUCUGCAAG